AUGUUCUGGACCGACAGCGGCCUGGAUAAGAUCGAGAGAGCCCGGCUGGACGGCUCCGAGCGGCGGGGGGUGCUCCGCACAAACACGCUCCAACCCAAAGCAGUGGACCCCGUCCGAGGCAACCUUUACUGGACGGACUGGAAUCGCGAAGCACCCAAAAUCGAAACUUCCACUGUCAAUGGAGCCAACAGGAGGGUCCUGGUGAACAAGGACAUCGGGUUGCCCAACGGCCUGACGUUCGACCCCUUCGCCAAGCUGCUCUGUUGGGCAGACGCAGGAACGAAGCACCUGGAGUGCACAUUCCCCGACGGCACGGGCCGGCGCGUCAUACAGAACAACCUCAACUACCCCUUCAGCAUCGUUAGUUACGCCAAUCACUUCUACCACACGGACUGGAGACGGGAUGGUGUGAUAGCUGUCGAUAAAGAAACCGGCUCCUUUACCGAUGAGUAUCUUCCAGAGCAGCGAUCCCAUCUCUAUGGAAUAACUGCAGUUUAUCCCUACUGCCCCGGAGGUUACUUCAAUAAUUGA